GCUGUACGGGGCCUGCAGCUGCAUUAUUGGCUGGCGUGUUGUUACACUUUUUAGCUGUAAUGAGCUCGUCUGUUUAAAAUUGGUAGCGACUUUUACGUGCUUUCUGCAUAGUGCAUAUAGUAUCUAUGGUUUUCAUAAAAACACUCCCGUAAUCCCAUUAGCUGCUUAUUAAUCUUCAGAUUUUACUGGCAAACGAAGCGGAAGGGUACUUCUGGAACCUAGACUGCGCCAAUAAUCUUCGUGGAAAGUUCGUUUAUUUUGGAGUUUCGCGAAUAGAAGUUGUGUGUUGUGGACUUACUGCCAGCUGGGGACUGGGCUAUCGAUUUUUUGUUAUUGUUGGCUUUCGAAAGAUAUCUGUAUUUUUGAUGCGCUUAAAUUUCUCGGGUGAUGUCCAUCUAUCCUGCAAAAUUCGAUGUGAUUUUGACGGAAUAAAUUUGGAAUUUUCCUGAUCUGGGCGAAGAGGAUUUAUCUGUUUUGGAAUGAUCUGAAAUGCCCUACUGCCAUGUAACGGAAUCAUAAGGAUAACUCGAAGCAUAUCGACUGAUCAUGCCGAUAAAUCAGCUAUGGCUGCUGCUGUUUGAAUCAUGGUUGUGUUUCACAUUUCUUGCGCAAUGGCUGCAUCUGUACUUACGAAAUGCGCGUGUACACCAUACAUAAAAGAGGUGAUUUCGCGGAGCACGAAUGUGAAAGCCUGCUGGUGUGCCGCCGUGUCAGAAGGAUUAUUAUGAUUUGCACAUUACGCCAAUGUCAGUUAUGCCCGUCGUGGCCAAGCCUGGGAAUCUGAAGGAUCCGGAUGUUGCAAAUCUUUUCUCCAAAGAGGAUCCCGAGCGAUUGUUUGUGGAUCUCAGGGAAAUCGGACAUGGCAGCUUCGGGGCGGUUUAUUAUGCGCGAAACGCUAUCACAAAAGAAGUUGUUGCCAUCAAGAAGAUGUCCUACGUUGGCAAGCAGGCAGCGGAAAAAUGGCAGGAUAUUGUUAAGGAGGUGAAGUUUCUCCGCAUCGUGAAACAUCCCAACACCAUCGAAUACAAGGCCUGUUUUAUCAAAGAGCACACAGCCUGGCUGGUAAUGGAAUACUGUUUGGGCUCUGCGGCGGAUAUUAUUGAAGUGCAUAAAAAACCCCUUCGUGAAGAUGAGAUUGCGGCGAUCUGUCAGGGCUCACUACUGGGAUUGGCUUACUUGCACUCCCUGGGAAAAAUUCAUCGUGAUAUUAAGGCUGGCAAUGUUUUGCUGACGGAUUACGGCGGGGUUAAACUGGCUGACUUCGGCUCGGCAUCGUUCGCAUGCCCUGCUAACAGCUUUGUGGGAACACCCUAUUGGAUGGCACCGGAAGUUAUUUUGGCCAUGGAGGAAGGACAGUAUAAUGGGAAAGUGGACGUUUGGUCGAUGGGUAUUACGUGUAUUGAACUGGCUGAGAAGAAGCCGCCGUAUUUCAACAUGAACGCCAUGAGUGCUCUGUACCAUAUUGCCCAAAACGAUCCUCCUCGUCUGGCCAGCGCUGACUGGUCUUCGGAAUUCCGCAAUUUUGUAGCCACUGCACUGACCAAAAACCCGGACGACCGACCUGACGCGCUGCAGAUAAUGGAGACGCCAUUUAUUGUCCGUACUCGCCCAGUUACGGUGUUGCGCGAUUUAAUACAGCGCACCAAACAAGCUGUACGCGAGCUGGACAAUUUGAAUUACAAGAAGAUGAAAAAGCUUCUUAUUCGUGAGCGCUUGCAUCGGGACGACAAGGAUCCAGAACAUGGGCAUCGUAGAGAUGAUGGGAACGGUUUCACAAACAGUCCGUCGGACAGUCUGCAUAGCAUACACAGUAGUACUGUGAGUGUGCUGAGCAGCGGGGGAAGUGAUGAUAGCAUACAGCCAUCCAAAUCUGGCAUCAAAAAUGAGAGUAACGGACGCGCAGCUUUACAAAAGUCUAAUGAACGACCGGUAUCGGAAGUGGCCAGCACCGGUGACCAGAGCUCGCAGAAUAAUUUCUUGACGAUUCGGCCAACGACCAUAGUCACUAAGGAGCAGAAGGAACGGGAAAAUGAACUAGUCGAGCAGAUGAGCGGCUACAAAAGAAUGGUUAAAGGGCAUCAGAAGAUUUACCAGCAGUUCGAAACCAAGUGCAAAAAUGAAAUGGAAGAGCACAGAGUUCGACUGGACCGUGAAUACGAAGCAUUAUUGCAAUCGUUUGCCAAAGAACUGGAAAAACUACAGCUCAAGCAGCAUCAUGAGAUGGAGCAGAAAGCAAAAGCGAAUAUUAUCAAUGAAAAAAAGCUGUACAAGCACAUUCUACAACAGCAUGAUGAAGAAAUGCGUACUUACCAACAGCAACAUAAACGGGAAUACAAGCAAAGCAAGGAAAAAGUGCGAACUGAUCUCAAUGACCAACAAAUCAACACGCCGAAAAAAGAGCGUGAGGACAUUGUGCGACGUCAUAAAGAGUCCAUUCACAGCCGGCACCAGGAAGCUGAACUGAAACUGCAGCAUGACCAAAAAAGUUACCUUGAUCUGGAAAUGCGUAAAUUCAAAAGGAGAAAGCUACUACAAUACCACGCACUCGAACAAGAUUUACUACAAGAGGAGUUGAAGAAACGCCAAAAUCAGUUGGAAUUAGCCCAUUCCAUGUUGUUGCGACAUCAUGAACUCACACAGGAUUUGGAAUACAAACAGUUGGCGGCGCAGCAUGCACUGAAGGAAGACCAGUUACGAAAACAACAUCACGCUGAAGUAACACACCAAAACCAGUACAGUGAACGUUCCGAACGUGAACUGCGCAAGAAACACGCUGUCGAACAGAAACAACAACCCAAGAGUCUCAAGCAACGGGAACUGCAGGUUCGAAAACAGUUUUUGGAAGCCUGCAAAGUGCAGACUAGACAAUAUAAAGCACUAAAGGCUCAAAUUCUGGAGUCCACUCCCAAAGAAAAGCAGAAAGAAACCAUAAAGAGGCUCAAAGAAGAGCAGCACCGCAAACUGGCCAUACUGGGUGAACAGUAUGAGCAGAGUAUUGCGGAAAUGCUGCAGCAGUCUACGCUCCGUCUAGACGAAGCUCAAGAGUUGGAAGCCAGGAGUCUGCGGGAGCAGCUUCACCAGGAAUACGAAUUGCUCUUGGCAUACCAAAGCAAAGUGCGAAUUCAUGCGGAGAAUCAGAGAAAUAGCGAGAAACGCCACUUGGAAGAAGCUGUAUCUUUACGAAGGGCUAGACUGGAGCAAAAGAUGGAAGAAGAAGUUCAGCAGUUCCGUCGGGAGCGGUCUGAGCGGAUUCGCCAGUUGCACAAUCGUCAAGCCCUGGAUUUAGAACGGUUUGAUACAGAAAGUGUUCGACUGGGUUUCAAUGCUCUGACACUGGCCGAACACAGUCAACUGGAUGACCUGCUCCGUGAGGAUGACGAGCGGAAUGUCAGCGCCAGUCGGCUCAGCCUAGUCCAACUGCCACAUUCAUCGUCUUCGCAUUUCUCGUCACGUUUCUCUUCCACGUGAUACGGGACGCUAAAGACCGAUAUCCUUGGGGACCUUACAGAAAGUAUGCACUGUGGUAUUCGGGACUGUUGAGCGGUUUUGCUGUUCAACUGGAAUAUGUUUUAGUCAUUGUUUGGCCGUUUGUGCAUGUUUGUGUUUUUAUUGGCGAUUAGAAUGUCAGGCAUCUCGGUUGCUUUCUGCUGGUGCUAAGCAGCGGAAUGUUUCUUUGGGUUUUAUGCUUUUUUUAUCAGUGAACGCAUGGGUGUAUUUAAUUGAUUGAGGUAUAAACGAAGAGGAAUUUAAAA